CUCGAGGGGCGAAGGCGGGGGAGGUUGGAGGAGGCACGAGCGUACUCCGUACUCCGAGGGUUUCCAGGCAGCAGUCUACGGCCCGGGACAGAGGGACCAGGACCAGCCUCGCGCCGGACAAGGGGAGCGAGAGCCUCGUCUCGUGGAGAGAUCGGAGCGUCGUUCUCUCGGCGGGUUCUCUGGCGCGCGCGUUGGUGACCUUGAGCCACGUCGAUGCGUGCCGUCACGUUCCGCGACCCCGCGACCGCGACUGGUGCAGUCGGGAAGAGAGUGCCUCGCGGGCCGCGCGUCCACGCACGGAGAUGAGCGGAGACGCUCGGCCGGGAGCUGCUCCGAGCACGUGCCAGGCGCGCGGAAGGCGCACCAGGCGACACCAGGUGCGCUAAUCGUGGACCAAUCGCGUGCUAAGAGAGCGAUCGCGGGUGAUAUAGGACCUUGCACCCCGGGAGAAGCGCGAUCGCGCGUCCCUGAAUCGCGCGAGUGCAUCGGGGGAUUAGGAAUGACGCUGCUGCAGGCCCGCGGCGCGAAUGCCGCGCGUUCCAGGACGGUCCCGAUGUUCGCGGCCCUCGCCCCGCUUCUCAUAUUCGUCGGCUUUGACGGCGUCGUGCACGGAGUCGCGCGUUCCGGCUUUCAUCAAGAUUCAACGAACACUGCCACAGGCCCGAUUUUCGUAGCACCAGUUGGAAAUCAAACCGCCGCGAUUGGCCGCGAGGUCGUCUUCUCCUGCAGCGUUCGCAACAUUAGCAUUCGCAAGUACAAGGUUGGAUGGCUACGUAACUCGGACCAGACAAUCCUCUCGAUCCAUACCCGGAUCGUGACGCAUAAUGCGCGUAUCUCAGUCUCCUACGAGAGCGGCGGAAGUUCCGGGUCCGGCGGAGCAUCCGGCGGCACUUUCGGAGUGACGGGGAGCAGCCAAGCCACGGAGGAAGUCGUCAACGGCACGUGGCGUCUGCACAUUCGUCAGUUGAAGGAGACCGACAGAGGUUGUUAUAUGUGCCAGAUCAACACCAGCCCGAUGAUAUCCGAGCUCGGUUGUCUCGAUAUACACGUGCCGCCCGAUAUCGUUUACGGAGAUACCAGCGCCGACCUGGCAGUAGCCGAAGGCGACAACGCGACUUUGAGCUGUCGCGCGACGGGACAUCCGCCUCCGAGAGUGUCCUGGCGAAGAGAGGACGGGGAACCCAUCGUCAUAAGGGCUUCUACAGUCGGUGGUAGCACUUUCGAGAGGCACGACCACUACAACGGUUCGUUGCUGCAUUUCCACCGUGUCGAGAGGCGACAAAUGGGAGCGUAUCUCUGCAUCGCCAGCAACGACGUGCCGCCAGCAGUUAGCAAGCGGGUGACGCUCGCCGUGAAUUUUGCACCCGUCGUGAAAGCACCCAACCAACUAUUGGGCGCACCUCUAGGUACAGAUGUGCAGUUAGAGUGCUAUGUCGAAGCGUUUCCGAACACGAUCAAUUAUUGGGUAAAGAAUCAACGAGGCACGGAAGACGAAAUGUUAUUGGAAGGACCGAAAUAUAACGUGCGAGAGGAACGUACAGGAUACACGGUCCUGAUGUGGCUUUUAAUCAAAAAAUUCACGGAGAAGGACGUCGGUAGUUAUAAAUGCGUCUCAACAAAUAGUCUAGGAAAGGCGGACGGAACUUUGAGAUUGUACGAGAUUAAAAUCGGUUUCGAUAGGACAUCACGUGGAAAAGAUCAUGUAUCCAUUAUCGGUGGACUAGCCGAGGCCGCUCAAAGCUCCGGCGCCAGCAACGGCGUCGAAGGUUUCUCCGGAAGUGGUAGCAGCUUGUCGCACAUCCUAUCGAUGUUUUUCUUCAUACCGAUACUGUGGCCACGGUGAAGAAGGCAUCCAUUACUGGUCACCGCUAAGCUACUUAGUGCCGGAUGACUUUGUGCCAAAAAAAGACAAGAAUGUAGAGAGAGUGUGCGAGUGCGAGAAAAGCAUUGUAGUAGAGGACAUGUGGCCGAAAGAGAGAAGAGCGUGCAAAAGAGAGAGAGAGAGAGAGAAAGAGAGAGAGAGAGAGAGAAUGAGAAUAAGAUAAUAAAUCGGAGUCUUUAGUACUCCAAAUUCUUCCUACUUUCCUUUCCUACUCCCGAGGACAUUUUUAGAUCAAUGAAUGUUGUCAAUGUACGCGUCGCUUUAGAUUCGCAUUUCGCGGAUCGAUCGAGUAAGCUUAAUUCAUACGACUCGUACAGUUGUCAUCAGGAAACAAGCUGAAUCAAUAAAAAAAUAUUAGUCUGUAUAAUUUUGCUAUUUCAACAUAUUUUUUUUAUGAUAAAUAUAUUAUUCGACACUCUUUCAGAACAUAUUUCAGUAUUCAUAUUGCGGAAUGUAUUUACAAUCAUUUCUAAAUAUCUCUACAAUGUGCAAUCUUUUAUAUAUAAUAAUAGAUUCUGACGGUAAUUGUACGGAUAGCGUGAAUAAAACUUAAAUCGUCGAUACGCGGAUCGAAAAAUUCGAAAGGGAGGGACUCGCCAUCGCGAAGAUGCUUAAUGAAUCGACGAUAAUAACGGUCAUUUUGUCAUUGAUUUAUGCGCUGCUGACUGACUUUGAACGUCGAAAAACUUUGAUGUUUCGAAAUAAAAGUAAGGCUCGAACGUUGUACUUUA